AACCCAAUAUCUGGCCGAGGAUUAGCAGUACCCAAAUGGCGAGCAGAACUUCACUUAUGCUCAGAGGACUGUCCCCUUAUUACUGCUGCUGCUGCUUCUUCAACCUCAGCUCAAGGAGCAGCUCUUCUUCAUCGAAACUGUUUUUUCUUGGUAAAAACAGUAAUCCCACAAUCCGAUAUUGCUCCACAAAGGCAACUGGGGGAGCCUCGUCUCUUCCGCCACCAGAUGUAACCCAUUUGGCCAAAACAGCUCGAAUUUCACUCGCCCCCAACGAGGUUGAAGAAUUUGCUCCAAAAAUUCAACAAGUGAUAGACUGGUUUGGACAACUGCAAGUGGUUGAUCUUGACAGUGUUGAGCCUGCCAUUAGAGCAGAGUCAUUACAUGAAAAUGCUCGUGAAGAUAUUCCAGAAACAUUCGAGAAUAGGGAAGCGAUUAGAACUUCUGUCCCAAGCUAUGAUGAUCCAUAUAUCAAAGUUCCCAAAGUACUGAACAAAGAGUGAUUCUGCCUGCCUGAGCGUGUUCUUUCUUCCUCUACUUGACUAGCUUCAUAUCAGUGUGUAAAUUGGAGUUUCAAAUUUCAACAUGAUGGACGGAUUUCAGUAUUUUUUAGAAGUAAAACUGGAAUAAAAACUAAAAUAUUCUGUUAAAAGUAGAAAUUGACCACUAAUU